UAACUUGCCUAGAAACAUUUUGUAUUUUUCCUUUAUAAUAAGAGCCACAUUUUCACAUAAUCUUAUGCAUCAAACACAAUAGUCUUUCAUUCAUCACAUGAUAUAUGGCAUUUUUCAAUGCUUUUUUGCUUCUUUCUCUCUUCAAUCUCUUCACCACACUACCAUCUGCAGAGGUUGUUUCACCAAUUCUUGAUGUUUCUUCACUCAAUCGAACUAGUUUUCCACCAGGUUUCAUUUUUGGGACAGCAUCCUCAUCAUACCAAUACGAAGGUGCUGCAAAAGAAGGUGGGAGAGGAGCAAGUAUAUGGGACACCUACACUCAUAAGCAUCCAGAUAUGAUACAAGAUAGAAGCAGUGGAGAUGUCGCAAUCGACCAGUAUCAUCGCUAUAAGGAAGAUGUUGACAUCAUGAGGAAUAUGAAUUUGGAUGCUUAUAGAUUCUCAAUCUCAUGGUCAAGAAUCCUCCCAAAAGGAAAGCUCAAUGGAGGUAUAAACCGAGAAGGAGUCAAAUAUUACAACAACCUCAUCAAUGAGUUGUUGGCUAAUGGCUUACAACCAUUUGUAACUCUAUUUCAUUGGGAUCUACCUCAAGCUUUAGAGGAUGAGUAUGGUGGCUUCUUAAGCCCUCUCAUUGUAAAUGAUUUUCAAGACUAUGCGGAACUUUGUUUCAAAGAGUUUGGAGAUAGGGUGAAACAUUGGAUUACUUUGAAUGAGCCAUAUUCUUAUAGCACAGCUGGCUAUGCAAUCGGGUUCUUUCCACCUGGUCGAUGUUCUAAAUGGUUGAAUUCAAAUUGCACCGAUGGUGAUUCGGGAAAAGAGCCUUACUUGGUUACACAUAACCAACUUCUUGCUCAUGCCGCAACUGUCCACGCGUAUAAGAAGAAGUAUCAGGAAUCACAAAAGGGUAUCAUAGGCAUAACCUUGGUGUCCAAUUGGUUCGUUCCAUUUUCAUAUAACAAACUCGAUCAAAACGCUGCUGAACGGGCAGUUGACUUCAUGCUUGGAUGGUUUAUGGAACCAAUAACAAGAGGGAAAUAUCCACAAAGCAUGCGUUCUUUAGUUGGAAAACGAUUGCCAAAGUUCUCUAAAAAUCAAGCAACAUUACUUAAAGGGUCAUUUGAUUUUCUUGGACUAAACUAUUAUACCUCUAAUUAUGCUAUCAAUGCACCUCAACUUAGUAAUGCUCGAGGCAAUUACAAUACUGAUUCUCAUGCCAAUCUUACAACUGAGCGCAACGGGAUUCCCAUAGGUCCAAGGGCGGCUUCAAGUUGGCUAUAUGUUUAUCCAAAAGGAAUUCAAGAUUUGUUACUCUACGUUAAAAAAAUGUAUAACGAUCCUUUGAUUUACAUCACUGAAAAUGGUAUUGAUGAGUUCAAUGAUCCAACAUUAUCACUAGAGAAAGCCCUUGUGGACACUUAUAGAAUUGACUAUUAUCAUCGUCAUCUCUUUUAUAUUCAAUCUGCAAUUAGGAAAGGCGUGAAUAUAAAAGGAUAUUUUGCAUGGUCGUUGUUGGACAAUUUUGAAUGGUCAUGGGGUUAUACAGUGCGCUUUGGAAUUAAUUUUGUGGAUUACAAGAACGGUUUGAAAAGACACCAAAAGUCAUCUGCAAAAUGGUUUAAGAAUUUUCUCAAAAGAUAUUAGAUUUUCCAUACUUGAUGUUUCCAAUAAACGUUGUAAUAAAACAUAUCAAGCAAGUUAAGUUUAAAUAAAAGUUUAAUAGUACAUUAUAAAAGUGAUAAUUAUAUUGUUUGAGUUGUUACU